AUGUCUGUGAACUCAUUUGAUGAACUUCUAUCAAUUAUAAGCCAACGUAUCAAGAAACAGGAUACAAAUAUGCGAAGAUCCAUCACACCUGCAGAACGUUUGGCUGUAACUCUCAGAUAUUUGGCUUCGGGAGCAACUUUCACUGAUUUGGAGUAUGAUUUUCUAAUUUCUCGAAAAACCAUACCAUUUAUUGUAACAGAAACCUGUCAAGCUAUAUGGCAAGAAUUGGCACCUUUAGAAAUGCCAACACCAAAUAAGGGAAAAGUGGUUGACGCAGACUACUGUUUUACAUUCAUUGACGUUGGUGCUCCAGGUCGAGAAGGUGACUCGUCAAUUUUCAAAAGUUCAAAUUUCGGGCAAAAGUUAACUCGUUCUCAGUUAGAUUUACCAGAGCCAGCUCAUCUUCCUAACAAUAUAGGAAAACCUCCUGUGCCUUUUGUAUUUAUAGGUGAUGCUGCGUUCGGUUUAAAUAAAAAUGUUAUGAGACCAUUUUCUUUACGAAACAUAACAACGCCUAAGAAAAUUUAUAAUUAUCGACUGUCUAGAGAUCGCCGCUUUGUGGAAUGUGCAUUUGGUAUCCUCAGUAACAGGUGGCGAAUUUUUCAUUCAAGUAUCAUGAUCAAUCCACUGAGUGCCAAACACAUUAUAAAAGCAGCUUGUGUAUUACACAACUUCGUAAGACGCAGAGAUUAUCAAUUUGAAGAUACGAUUCGAUGGUAUGAUGAUAUGGAAGAAUUCGAUGGAGUCCAGGCAGUUGGAGGCCGAUCUUGUGGCAUUGCAGUAAGAGAUUCAUUUGUUGAAUAUUUCAAUGGCCCUGGAGCCGUUCCUUGGCAAAACAGGAUGAUUCAUUAA